AUUAUAAGGAAUGUUCUCGCGCUCUUUCAAUCGCUUGCUACGCGGGCUAGAAGGGAAAGAUGUUUUAAUGAGUUUAAGGGUAAGGAGGGGGGAGACGAGAGGAAGGGGCAGGGAGAAAAGAAGAAGAAAGAGGAGGAAGACGAGAGGAAGGGGGACGAGGAAGGGGACGAGAGGAAGAGGGAGGAAGACGAGAGGAAGGGGGACGAGGAAGACGAGAGGAAGAGGGAGGAAGACGAGAGGAAGGGGGAUGAGGAAGACGAGAGGAAGAGGGAGGAAGACGAGAGGAAGGGGUAUGAGGAAGACGAGAGGAAGAGGGAGGAAGACGAGAGGAAGGGGGAUGAGGAAGACGAGAGGAAGGGGGAUGAGGAAGACGAGAGGGAGGGGUAGGAGGUAGAGAGAAAAUUGAUAGAGUAGAAUAUAGACGAGAAAGACAACGACAGGGACGGGAAUGUAGUGCACGAGAGGGAUGAAAUAAAAAGUGGAUGAGUAA